AGUUGUCAGUGGGCGACGGGAGGAGACGGAUGGGGGACAGACGGUAGCGACAUGGAACCGCGUCCCGAACCCUGAGGUCCAGUGAAGGCGCAGUCUGCAGACGAUGCUCGGGCCCGGACCCGGACCCGGACCCGGAUCAGAGCCACGAGCGCGCGCAGCCCAGGUGGACGUGGACUGACGCUGGUAGAAACACAGUAGAUGUUCCGAACGCCUCCAGCGGCGUCCUGACGUCAUGGCCCGUCCGUCCUGCGGCCGCUGCGCGUCUCAGCGAGGACUUCCUCCCAUUCACGCCGUCGUCGCGCUCCUCGCCGCCCUGGGAAGCUGCGCAGCGCUGGCGACGUCCCGUGCACCAGCAGGGACUUUUCUGCAGGAUCUGCCCGAGUACGAAGUGGUUCACCCCACUCGAGUGGAUGCCAAAGGUCGCUUCCUGUCCCACUUCCUGUCCCACACUGCUCGGCGCGUGCAGCGCCGCGAGGCUGCGCGGGAGCCCGACUCGGACCGGGUCUUCUACCAGCUGUGGCACCGCGGCCGCCGGCUGCACUUUGACCUCACCCUCAACCGGCGCUUGCUGGCGCCGGGCUUCCUGACGGAGACGAGGUCCGGGGGCCUGGACCGGGCCCGGCUCCGCCCGCCCGCAUCCGCCCUGUGCCACUUCUUAGGGGAGGUGUGGGACGAGGCCGCGGUCAAGGGGAGCGCAGCCAUGAGCACCUGUGACGGACUGACAGGACUGUUCGGGUUCUCGGGCCAGGAGUUUUUCAUUCAGCCUUUGGAGCAGUGGAGCGACGCAGGCUCCGGGUCACCGGCUCACGCCGUCUACAGGCGUCACGUGUCUCCUCCCGCCUGGAACCCACUCCUGCAGCCGACCUCAGGGAAACGAGCUGUCAACGGUACCUGCGGAGUCAAAGGUUCGCAUCAAGCUUUUGAAGACGAACGGGAACGCUGGGAGCGGCGGCAGCGGAGGCGCAGGAAGCGACUCCGCCAGCGCUCAGUCAGCAGAGAGAAGUGGGUGGAGACGCUGGUGGUGGCCGACCCCAAGAUGGUUCAGCAUCACGGCAGCAAAGCUGUGGAACGCUACGUCCUGGCUGUCAUGAACAUCGUAGCAGGUCUGUAUCAAGAUCCGAGCAUUGGAAAUGCAAUCAACAUCGUAGUGGUUCGACUCGUCCUCCUGGAGAAAGACGAGGACGACCUGAAGAUCACGCACCACGCCGACAACAGCCUCAACAGCUUUUGUAAGUGGCAGAAGAAGCUGAACACGAAGGGCGACGAGCACCCGGUCCACCACGACGUGGCCGUUCUGCUCACCAGGAAGGACAUCUGCUCGGCCGUCAACGCGCCCUGUGAGACUCUGGGCCUGUCGCACGUGGAGGGGAUGUGUCAGCCGCAUCGCAGCUGCAGCAUCAGCGAGGACACGGGCCUCCCGCUGGCCUUCACCGUCGCACACGAGCUGGGCCACAACUUUGGGAUUCCGCAUGACGGCAACGGUAAUGACUGUGAACCCAUUGGGAAACACCCUUUCAUCAUGUCUCCACAGCUCCUGUACGGCACCUCGCUGCCCAGGUGGUCUCGCUGCAGCCGCCGCUACAUCACCCGCUUCCUGGACCGGGGCUUCGGCUCGUGUCUGGAUGAUGCCCCGGCGAAGGAUAAGCUGUCUCUGAACGCGGCGCUUCCUGGGGUUCUGUACAGCGCUACUCAUCAGUGCCGGCUGCAGUAUGGGUCCGGCUCCCUGCUCUGUGGUGACGUGGAUGACGUCUGCAGAACCCUGUGGUGCACCGUGGGAGCCACCUGCCACUCCAAGCUGGACGGCGCCGUGGACGGGACCGGCUGUGGCGAGAACAAGUGGUGCUUCGGGGGCGAGUGUGUGGCGCUCGGGUUCCACCCCCCACGCGUCGACGGCGGCUGGGCCUCGUGGAGCGAGUGGUCGACCUGUUCCAGGACGUGUGGCGGCGGCAUCGAGAGCGCCCGGAGGGAGUGCGACAGCCCAGUUCCCAGGUUCAGGGGGAAGUACUGUCUGGGCGAGCGGCAGCGCCACCGCACGUGCCGCACGGCGCCCUGUCCCCACCAGCGCCCGUCCUUCAGGGACCUGCAGUGCAGCGAGUUCGACGCCAGGCCGUACAAGGGCCGCUUCUACACCUGGGAGGCCGUCAUCAGCAAAGUCCACCCGUGUGAGCUGCACUGCCGCCCGCUGAACGAGCGCUUCUCUGAGAAGAUGCGGGACGCCGUCAUCGACGGGACGCCGUGCGACGACGCCAGCGCCGGCCGGGACGUGUGCAUCAGCGGCGUGUGUAAGAACAUAGGCUGCGACCACGUGAUCGACUCCACGGCGGUGGAGGAUCGCUGCGGCGUGUGUCACGGGAACGGAUCCACCUGCACGACUGUGAGGAGGACGUUCGAGGACAGAGACGGACUCGGGUACGUGGACAUUGGACUGAUCCCAGGCGGCGCCUGGGACAUUCGCAUCGAGGAGGUGGCGGAAGCGGGGAACUAUUUGGCGCUACGGAGCGACAACGCCGACAGGUAUUUCCUGAACGGAGGCUGGACCAUCCAGUGGAGCGGAGAGUACAGGGCGGCUGGGGCGGUCUUCAGCUACGUGAGGACGGGACACCUGGAGAACCUGGUGUCCCCUGGACCCACCGUGGAGCCUCUGUGGAUCCAGCUUCUGUUUCAGGAGAAGAAUCCAGGCGUGCGGUACGAAUACACCAUCAAUCGCAACGCAGCCGAGGACGACGAGGCGUCGGCGCUUUUCUUCUGGAAAUACGGUUCCUGGACCGAGUGCAGUGUUUCCUGUGGGGCAGGUGUUCAGAGGCAGAUCGUUCACUGUGUGGAGAAGACCACUGGGAUGGUGGAGGAGACCCACUGUGACCCUUUAACCCGACCUGCUGAGAACCAAACCCGCUGUGACAGGGAUCCGUGUCCCGCCCUGUGGUGGGUCGGCGAGUGGCAGAGGUGCUCGGCGAGCUGCGGCGCCGCCGGCGUGGCCGUAAGGACGGUGCUGUGCGUCCGCGCGCUGAGCGUGGACGAGCAGAGGACUCUGACGCCCAGCGACUGCGGCCACGUCCCCCGGCCCGAGGCCCUGUCCUCCUGCAACACGCAGGUGCGCUGCCCCUCGGACUGGGCGGCUGGCGGCUGGUCCAAGUGCUCUCUGAGCUGUGGAGGCGGCGUCCGCCGCCGUAACGUGACCUGCUCCAGGAACACGGGGGUCGACUGCGACCCCCAGAAGAAGCCUCCGGCGCUCUCGGCCUGUCAGCUCCACCGAUGCCCCGCGCUCCUGGAUAAUUUCGGAGACAUGGACAUUUCAGGGAGCGGGUUUUCCAGCACAGAAGUCCUGAACGAGAUCAACUCCAUACCCGAAGCCAAGCCUCCCAAACACAGCAGAGCUCAACCACUGAAUCCUAAUUACGCACAUCACAGCGCUGAGGCAGAUGUUCACAACAACAAGAUUGAAAACGUCGACAGAGUUGUUCAAGUCGAUGACUUUUACUACGACUAUAACUUCAUCGACUUUCAUGAAGACUUGUCGGAUGACUUUGGGAGCGACGGCGGGGACGCGCUCUCAUUUAAUGCUUCACAGGAGGAAAGUCCAACAAACAGUGUAAAAGGAAACGUCGCCACGGAAACAGGAGCGCCCACAGCUUCUUCAAAGCCCACUUUGAGAAGUGAGGAGACGAGGAGGAGGAAUCUGGACAGCGCGGAGGAAUCCUCUGAAGACGACUUUCUCUCCGAGGACUUCCUUCUGCCGGUGUCCAGCUCUGCUCCGCCGCCGUCCACGACGCAGCAUCCACAAGGACCGGACAGACGUGAGGCUCGGAGGCCUGAGAGCACCAGCACAGCGCCUCUUUUCUCUACGAAGGAGCCGUCACGGGAUGCGAGAACGGGACAACACGGGGACAGUUUAACGGAGGAGGACGAUGUGAGAGCGGCUCCUCAGCAUCAGACCACUAUCAACCCCGUCGCCCAAACAGCGGCUGGGAUGGACGAGCAGAGUGCACUGGGUCCAGACGCCUUCACAAACCAGGACGUUGUGGAAAGUCCAGAACCUGAAGUUCAGCUGGACGGAAGUGUUUCAGAAAUACCUCAAUCAACCACCGGGUCGACGCAGCUCCCAGAAGCCUUGAACCUGGACCCCGUGGCCUCGCAUCAGACUCUGCUUCUUCUGUCUUCUAACCUUGACCUCAGCACAACCUCACUUCCUGCCUCGGAGGAAUCCACUCGGUCCCACGGUUCCUUUCAGCAGAUCUCAGGGAUGGAGGAGGCUGCAGCCUCCGCGUCGUCUGAUGGGACAGAAAGCAGGUCUCCUGCACAGCUGGAGGGAGACGCUUCGCCUUCUGCCUCAGACCCGAUGCUCACUGAGCCUGGACCUGGAACUGACUCCACAUCUCAGCCUGCUGUGGGAGGCAGCAGCAGCUCCUUUGCAGGAACGCCGCCCGGUACAGCUGCUCCUCCUCCUCCUCCUCCUCCUCUGUGGCCCGUUCCAGUAGCGACCACUGCUGCCUACUGGGUCGCUGGCAGCUGGAGUGAUUGCUCCACCACCUGUGGCCUCGGCGCCGUCUGGAGGACUUUAUCUUGCAGCACCGGUUCAGACGCCGACUGCGAUCCGGCCGAGAGGCCGGCGCCGGCUCAGCAGUGCUACCUGCGCCCCUGCUCCGUGUGGAAGGUUGGCGAGUGGAGUAAGUGCUCCAGCAACUGUGAGGGUGGCGUUAAGUCCCGAGAGCUCCACUGUACCGACAUGCGGGAUCAAAGGCUUCUCCGACCUUUCCACUGCAGGGCCACGUCCCCCAGGCCACAGACACGGGCCCCCUGUAACCUCCAGCCGUGUCUCCAGUGGUACAGCUCCUCGUGGGGUCAGUGCUCUGAGUUGUGUGGAGGAGGUGAGCAGCAGCGAAUAGUCACCUGCCCUGAGGACGACCGCUGUGACAGGGCCCUUCAGCCCAGCAACAUCCAAGCCUGUAAUACUCAGACGUGCUUUCAGUGGCUCACUGGUUCCUGGGGACAGUGUUCCGCUUCCUGCGGCGCCGGAGUUCAGCACAGACUCAUCAAAUGUGUUGACACGAAGGCGGAGGCAGACGAGGACGUGGAUGCAGCUCAGUGCGACCAGGAGCUCAGACCUGAGAGCACCCAGAAGUGUCACAUCCAGGAGUGUGAGAGCACAGCUGGAGGCGUUUGCCUCCGUGACAGGCUCCCCGUUCGUCUGUGCCAGACGCUUCGCUGGCUCCGACGCUGCCUCCAACCCACCGUCCGCGCUCAGUGCUGCCGAAGCUGCAGCCAGCGCUCGCGUCCCAGCGGCGCGUCCCAGCGCUGAGGAGCCGAGGAGCCGAGGAGCCGAGACGCUGAGGAGCCGCCAGCCGCUCGCUGCUGAUGAGACGACGACAUCUGAGCCCGGUCCGACUUUUCCACUUUACACACACACACACACACAAGUCCGUAUUUACAUCUUUACAUCUAGGUGGGGACUCACCAUUAACAUAUUGCCUUCCCUAGCCCUUAACCAUGACAACUAAAGGCAUCAAACCUUUGCUCUAAUCCGAAGAAAAACUCAAUUCUAACCUCAGCCCUAAAAUCACAUGUUGACCAUUAAAGCCAUCGGACUGUUGGGGACCUCCUAAGUGUCCCCACGUUGUCACCUUGAUAGGAAAAACAUGGUUUCUGGUCCCCACGUCAAAGGAAAAACAAGUACACACCCAACACACGUACACACACACGAUGCUUUUGAAGCCGCUCCUAAACAGCUGCAUAGUUAUUUAUUACACAGGGCUGAAGUUAAUUGGGAACAUUACAAAGUGUAGCCUCUCUCUUUUUGCAAAACAAUGAGAAUGUAAAUAUUCAUUUGGAAUUUUCAUAAUGUACUGAAUGACAUGUUAUGAAUCUAGAGUAAUUUGUAGAUAAGUAAUUUUAGAUACCAGGCUACAAAAGAGAAGAUUCUCUCUGUGGCAGGUUUAAAAUGCAUUAUUAACCAGUUAUUAAAGCUUUCAUUACACUGACAGCAGCAAACUGUGCAGGUUCUGAACAGUGGUGUGGUUUUAUGUGGACUCUAGGGCAUCGAUAAAGGGAAAAUGUCGAUGCAGACGCCUUGUCCACGUUAACAGGAAAACACUCAGUCACCAAUUCUCCUUUAAACAUUUAUUAUUACAAGCAAAGUGCUCAAAAUCCCCAAAUGGUGCUUUUCUGAAAGCUUCUUCAUAAUCCCUGAAGAUGAAAAGGAAAACAAAUCUAUCCACUUUAAAAGCCUGUUUCUCAGCUAAUACUGAACUUCCUGGGUUUCAGGAGUCGUUCUUGUUUGUGUGUGUCAGGAACAAAUGUGUGACGUCACACACUUUAAUAUGAGUCAUAAUUGGAAAACAUCAUCAAGCUUUAAUAAAGUGUAUGAAGGAACUAGUACAAAACCUCCUGAGUUCCCUGUGCAGGAGCAGAACUCUGGUUUUCAGAGUCAUUGUUAGCAGCGACACGUUUAGGUUCAGUUCAGGCUUUUCAGCAGGAAAUGAGAAGCGGCUCAAACUUAUUAUUGGCGUCCAGGCGAGGCAGCAGCAGCGCGUCGCCGGCUCCUACGAGCCUUCAGGAAGGUUCACGAGUUGAAAAGCCUUUUGAUGCAUUGAAUAAAACAUUUUAAGGAGGAAGAAAAUCUAUUUUGUGUAAAACAUUGUAAAGAUAAGACCGAAGCUCGUCUCAUGAAUAAAGGUGAGGAAACGGCGCUGCAGCUUUAAAGUCCGCUGAAAGUCGUAUUCCUUUAAGUUUUUUCCUCCUCUCCUUGAAGUUUACAGGUUGGUUGUUGGAAACGAGCUGAAAGUUCAGUUUGAUGCAGCUCAGAUCUCAGAUGUCCUCAGGUGAUCGAACCGUUAACCUUCAUUCUCUGGUGCUACGCUGCCGCUGCAGCAAAUGCGGAGUUUACAGGAAAAUACAAAGACAGGUCUGAGAUGAUGACAUCUGACCUCGGUACAUAACCAACCGUACAGUUUGCAUAGCAGCAACUGGGACCAGCGCGAAAACACGAGUUACUCCCAGACAGGAAGUGUAUAAGUGCAUGUAAGACACACAGAAUAUGUUGUGCUUGUAAAACCAGCGAUGCCUCCUGACUUUCACUGAUGAACUGGAUAAUCAUGGGAGGAAAAUAGCGAAGGGCCGGUGUCACUGACUGCAUCUGCGUUUCAUUUCCAAACAUGUUGCCGCUCUCUGAUGUGACUGCGUGACUCCAAUCGUCUGCUGUUGGUUUAUGUUUGUUGGUUACUAAGCACAAAGUGUGGCCGUCAGCCUGAACCACGUUCUUCAGGAAGGAAAAACUGAACGUUUCAGAGAACUUUAAUCUGUUAAAGCAGCCACGGAUCCAAAACAUUCCCACUGUAAACUUCAUUUAAAUAAGCAGUUGAUACCAAACAUCUCUUUCUUGAUUAAUCAGUGACGUUAUUACAUAUGGAUAUUCAUAUGCUGAGCUUUAUACUAAAUAAAACAUGUCAAACUGG